AUGGGUCGAUACCGACCGCCAUCCUCAGAUCCACGUCGAGACCCCUUUAACGCCACACAUCCACUCGGUGCACGGGCGCGCAAGAUCUCGUCCGGGAUUCUGAUCGUCCGCUUCGCACUGCCGUUCCACAUCUACUGCCUCGGCUGCAACGCGCACCUCGCUCAAGGCCGACGGUUCAACGCGGAGAAAUCGCACGUGGACGACUACCUCGACAUCAAGGUAUACGGCUUCCGAUGCAAGUGUCCCUGUGGCGAGUGGUUUGAGAUUCGAACCGACCCGCAGCAUGCCUGCUACACCGUGCAUGCCGGUGCGCGCAAGCAGAUCCAGGAUUGGGAUCCAUCUCAACACGGUGGCCAUGCCAUCUACGAUACCGAAGCAAAGCAAGACAAGACAGAUGCAUUUGCAAAGGUUCAAGGACACGAGCAGCUCAAGGCGAACAAGAGAAAGUGGGAGCAAAGGGUUAGGGAGUUGGAGGAGCAACAGCAACAGUCCAAGGAUCCCUACACGGCCAAUGCCAACCUCAGGCGCGCGUUCAGGAGCGACAAACAUGCAAGAACCCACCAGCUGCAGCAGGACAUCAAGACGAGGAAUGCCAUCGGCUGGAAUCAUGAUCGCUUGCUGCUACCCACGUCGCCAGAAACCGACAGUCGAGAUCGCCAGGCGUGGAGAGCGCAACGCAAACCCAACACUUCCGCACAGACAGCGCCGCCCGCACAGAGAUUAAAGAACACCAUCCUGGCCAACUCGCGGCGCAAGGCAGACGCCCAAAAGGCUCGCCGCCAAUGA